CAUACAAGAACGUUUAAAAGGGCGACUAUUCUUAAGUUUGCGUAAUCUUUUUUUUUUCUUGAUUUUCUGAUAAACGGAAACAAAUAAGAAAAAUAACACGCAUUGUUUCACCAUUUUUAUUUGUUCCAUUAUUUCCGGGAAAAUACUCUGUUUUUUUCCGUUGGGUAGAAUGGGAACGGUUCUCGAUUCCCACUUUCUGGCUCUCACUGCCAUUGUUACUGUGGCUUACCAGUUUAUAUUCUUCGUAAUCACCGCUCUUUUCAAAAUCGAUCAAGUCACUGAUUUUGCAGGAAGCACAAACUUUGUUAUAAUUGCUCUCUUGACUCUUAUUCUUAAAGCCACUUGGCAUUUUCGCCAGAUUGUCUUGACAUUGCUUGUUGUGGUAUGGGGACUUCGCCUGGGGAUAUUUCUUCUAAUGAGGAUCUUACAAUGGGGGGAAGAUCGACGCUUUGAUGAAAUGCGUGGAAAUUUGGUGAAAUUAAUAGUUUUCUGGACUCUCCAGGCCGUGUGGGUUUGGACGGUGAGCUUACCUGUAACUGUUGUUAACGCCGCAAGUGAUGGUGGAGGAUCUCUUAAACCCGCAGAUGUAAUCGGUUGGACGAUGUGGGUUUUCGGUUUCUUGAUUGAAGCUGCAGCUGAUCAACAGAAACUCUCUUUUAAAAACUCUCCAGAGAACAGAGGAAAAUGGUGUGAUGCUGGCGUGUGGAAGUAUUCAAGACAUCCAAACUACUUUGGUGAGAUAUUACUGUGGUGGGGAAUCUUUGUGGCUGCAUCACCUGUUCUUGAAGGUGUAGAGUAUCUUGUCAUAUUCGGACCACUCUUUCUCACUGUCCUGCUUCUAUUCGUCAGCGGCAUACCAUUACUUGAGGCAUCGUCUGACAAGAAGUAUGGCAAUUUGGGAGAUUACCGAUUCUAUAAGAAGAAAACAAGUCCUCUGAUUCCUUUACCAAGAGGAGUGUAUGGGAACUUACCAGGAUGGUGCAAGGCAGUGUUUCUCUUAGAGCUUCCAUUUUACAGCAGAAAUCUCCCUGAAGAAGGUGCUGUUUAGUCCAAGAAAGUUAGAGGAGACUCCAAGAACGGCAAAGAGAAAGUAUCAACUUAAAGAUUACUGAUUUGUGAACUAAAUCUGAGUUUCUAUUCUUACAACACUCUGAUGUUAACUAAAAAAUUGCUGGUAAUGUACUGAAUUUGAUUGACACAUUGAACCGGAUCUCAGUUGUGAUUGAUUGUGAAUUGCACCA